AUGCUCCUAUUGAGUUAUGUCAAUGCGGAUGGUCCAAAGUACUACAUCACGAGCGAGGGUCACAAUUUCAUUCGAUUUGUGGUGGCAUUUCUCUUUGUGUCAAGAGUGACCAUGGCACUUGACCGAUUCAAUGAAGCUCGAGGACACUUGGGGAAGUUGUACCAAGAAAGCCGAGAACUGGUUCAAUAUGUGUGCUCUAUGACUGCAAAGUAUCAGGAUGAGAAAUCCAAGGAAUAUCGAGCAGAGUUGACGUACAGGUCAAUGCUGUUUCUUCGCACUGCCGUGGGGAUCUUGGACUAUGAAACCACUCACACCCCCAACUGGAAAGUGCCCGAGUUGAAUGGUGUGGAGCUGGACUAUGUACUCAACAAUAUGCUAUUCCACCCUCAAAACAAACACUAUGCCAUGCUAAAACCAUGCGAGUAUGAGGAGAACUUGCGAGUUCCCAUUCUGAUUGGGUUGCUGUUGCGAAAAUCCAUUGUGGAACAUGCCACGCGUUUGCCCAAACCAUUGGAAAUCCAAGCAGAACUGCAGCUGUGUUCCUCUGUGGAUGCCUGUAUCUCUGCCUAUACUGGGCUGAGGAAAUUCAAGUCCACUCCGGUGCCCUUUCCUCUGAUCCAAAUGGCUCGUACGUUCCUCUUCCUGUACCUCUUUACGGUGCCACUGAUCUUUGUGAAAGACAAAAGCAGUGUCUAUGCACAUUGCUUUGCAAUUUUCUUGAUGACAUAUGGUUUCAUGGGAUUGGAAGUGAUCGCCAUUGCCCUGGAUAAUCCAUUUGGUGAUGAUCCAAUUGACUUCAAGAGCCUCGCCAUGGCACACACUGCCUUUGAAGAUACCUACUUGACCGUCAUGGACAUUGACGGCCAGGAAUGGGCAGACUUUUUGCGUUACCGAAUGAACGACAACCUCACUGAACGCCUGAAUACGGAACAGAGUUGGUUGCUAGCCCGCAAGGACCGGUUUGCAGAUCUGAUGAUGGGCAACACGGUGUACAAGCGAGAAUCGGAAGCGGCACUGGCCCAAUCGCUACUACAAGACGAACAACAAGUGCGGUUGGCCCGAGAAGCAGCAGAAAACAAGAAGAAGAAACAGGGCCGAUUUCAUUUCAAGAAUCCCCGAAAGUCUCCCCGGAGUAGUAAUCUAUAG